UUAAGUCUAUCACUCAACCCCCUUACUUCCAUUGUACCAAAAGAAAAAAGAAAAAAGCUUACACCUAAUUAUAAACACUAUGGCUGCAAGCUCCACUAUUAUUCCAAGCUUUGAUGAGAAUCGAUGGGUGAUUAAAAUCCGUCGAACACUGGAGGCAGAGCUUGAAGAUGACCAUGAAAUCCCCGUCAGCAUUUUCAAUGUCCCCAAAACCCUUUUCUCGAGUGAUCCGGAUUCAUACACCCCACAGUUGGUCGCCAUUGGUCCUUACCACUACUGGCGUCCUGAGCUGUACGAGAUGGAGAGAUAUAAGAUCGAUGCUGCUAAAAGAACCCAGAAAAAUAUCCUACUCCACAACAAUCUCCAGUUUGAUGAUCUUGUUGAGCAACUCAAGAGGCUAGCGCCCAAGAUCCGAGCAUGCUACCAUAAGUUACUAGACUUCAACAAUGAAACUCUGGGAUGGAUGGUGGCCAUUGACGCUUCCUUCUUGCUCGAGUUCCUUCAAAUCUAUGCCAUGAAAGAAGGUAAGUCGCUUACCAGGGUUUCUUCAAGGAUGUCGCAUUUGGUUGAUUAUGCAGGUCGGAAAUCUGCCCAUAACGCGAUCCUUAGAGAUAUAAUGAUGCUUGAGAAUCAGAUUCCUCUAUUUGUGUUGAGAAAGAUACUGGAAGUUCAAUCCGCAUCGCUUGAACAAGCUGAUGAUCUAUUGCUGUCGAUGAUAACUGGACUAUGCAAGGAGCUCUCCCCCUUCAAGAUGAUGAAGGUAUUGCCCAAGAUCCAUCUUUCCGAAGCAUCUCACUUGCUAGAUUGUUUGUAUGAUAGGAUCGUGCCUAAAAUCCAAAUUCGAACGACGUCCGAGAUAUCCGAGCUUGAAGAUCCAAAUGAGACCAACAAAGGCAAACGAGAAUCAUCCCAGGAUCAGGACCCUGGUUACGUUCAGAAAGUCCUAUGCGCGAUAUGGAACCUGUUAUCAAACCUAAACAAGGGUCCAAUAAGUCUCAUCAAGAAGAUUUUAUCUUCAAAGCCAAUCAAACUCAUAUUCAAGUUGCCUUGGACGGUCCUCAGUAAACUUCCAGGGUUUUCAAUCUUGAAACAGCCUAUGGAACUUUUCUUCAAUGGAGGAGAUAGUGAAGGCGCCAAAUCAGAUGAAGAAUCGAGUGCUGACAAGCCACCAUUAGUGGAAGAGAUUACGAUUCCUUCAGUUUCUGAGCUUUCAGAUUCUGGGGUUCGUUUUUUGCCCACAACAGGCAACAUCUCAUCCAUUACGUUUGAUCCCAAGACUUUCACUUUAUACCUCCCCACCAUCAGCUUAGAUGUCAACACCGAGGUGAUAUUGAGGAACUUAGUAGCAUACGAAGCAUCGAAUGCAUCGGGGCCACUGGUUUUCACGCGUUACACCGAGAUGAUGAAUGGGAUCAUCGACACGGGAGACGACGUGAAGCUGCUGAGGGAGAAAGGGAUCAUCUUGAAUCACUUGAAGAGCGAUGAAGAAGCUGCAGAUGUUUGGAAUGGGAUGAGCAAGUCAAUCAGGUUGACCAAAGUUCCUUUUCUCGAUAAGACGAUCGAAGAGGUCAACAAGUAUCACAAUGGACGAUGGAACAUCAAAGCUAAAAACAUGAUGAAAUCUUAUGUGUUUGGUUCUUGGCAGAUCCUUACGUUCUUGGCUGCAAUUUUGCUAUUGUUGUUGAUGACACUGCAAGCUUUUUGCUCGGUCUAUAGUUGCAGUCGGGUUUUCCGUAUCGAUGCCGCCGAUGCCAAUGACUGAUCAGUAAUUUCCAUCCCCAUCGGUAAACAUUAACGCUCUUUCUCUCUUCAUUUUGGUUAAUUUGUGUGUGAUUAUUGAAUAUGUGUUAAUCAUGAACCCAAGAUUUAGUCAGAUUGAUAGGGUAUAAUUUUUCCUUAAAAGAUGUGGGUUGAACUUUUGAAAUUUACUGAUGAUUUGUUUAUUUAUUUAUUUUUACUGCA